GUUACUCUUUUACUACGGCUUUUCUCUAUAAAUACAUCGACUCUGAAAGAAGAAGGAGAGAAGAAGAUAGAAUUUUCGAUCUGCUAAUACUUUUGGAAAUUGAAAUCGCGGAGACCAUUUUAGAAGAGACAGUUCAGAUCAAUCCAGGGACAAUCUAAGACCAAGCAAAGAAAUUGUUUAGUACUCUCUUGUCAAAGCUAAUCUAAAAAGAACCUAUGGCAGACAAGGUCGAGAAGAAGACUGAAAUGGAGCUGGAAGUGAAGAGUAUAUCUAUUGAAGAUGAGAAGCCGAAACACAAAGAAGACAAAGAGAAAAAACAUAAAGAGGGUGAAGAGAAGGGAAAGAAAGACAAGGAGAAGAAACACAAAGAGGGAGAUGAAGGAAAAAAGAAGAAAGAAAAAAAGGAGAAAGAUGGAGAAGAAGAAGAGGUGAAGGAAAAAAAGAAAGACAAGAAGAAGAAGAGUGAAGAAGGAGAUGCUGUAGGUGAAGAGGGAACAGAAAAAGAAGCUAAAAAGGAAAAGAAAGACAAAGAAGCUAAGAAGGAAAAGAAAGACAAGGAGAACAAAAAUGAAGGUCUAGAAGACGAAGAAGGGGAAGACAAAAAGAAAGAAAAGAAGAAGAAGAAGAAGAAAGACAAAGAUGGCGAAGAAGAACUGAAGGAAGGGGAAGAUGAAAAGAAAGAAAAGAAGAAGAAGAAAGACAAAGAUGGCAAAGAAGACAAUAAGGAUGAAAAGAAGGCCAAGGACAAAGAUGAAAAAUCAAAGAAGAAGGAGAAGGAUGAAGGCACUGACAUGAAAGAAGAAAAAAAGAAAGACAAGGAAGGGAAGGAGAAAGAUGGAAAAGAUAAAAAAGAAAAAGAAAAGAAGGACAAGAGCAAAGAUGAGAAAGAUGGCAGCAGCAAGAAGAAGGAGAAGGAUGAAGAUAAAGAGAAGAAGAACAAGAACAAGGAAAGUGAGGAAUAGAAGUGCUUCUCACAAGCCAAUAGACUCACCAGCUGCUACGGAAACUAGUCAACAGUGGUGCUUGCUAAUGCAGUUUAGCAAUGUACUGUAAUCUUCUUGGACUUUUCCUUUUUCUUUUUUCAUAUUCCUAGAGGGGUAUUGUAAGUUUGUUGUGGUUUAGAGGUUUGGUACGGUUUAACAGCUUGCACGAGUAAACUGUAUCACGGCAAUACCCUAUCUGAAUAACAUGGACUUUUACU